AUGGAUCUCUCGUCUCUCACCGGCAAGAAGGGCGCCUCGUCCGCCGAGCUCAAGGAGGCCUUCAAGGCACAGACGUCGCAGGAGCUGGCGCAGAGCAGUGCGCAGGCCCUCUUCACCAAGGCCACGGAGAAGUGCUUUGCCAAGUGCGUGCCCGCGCCCGGCACCAGCCUCUCGUCCAAGGAGCAGGCGUGCACGGAGCGCUGCGUCGAGCGCUACUUCGAGGCAUUCAACCUCGUCUCCAACGCAUACGCCCGCCGCGUCGCAGCCAUGCGGGAAGCCGGGCCCGACGCGCUCGCCUAAUUACACGAUGCAGAAGGGAUAUCAUUGGUCGGCCGUGUCUCGUGCGCGCUGGCUCAGAACAUGCGUCGUCGCUUGCCAGUGCCCGGCGCGCCGCCCUUGGCCACGGCGCCCGGAGCCUGUGCGCCGGGGCGCUCCAGGCGCUCCUUGUGCGCCGCAAAGGCAGCUGCCAGAUGCGAGGGCUGCAGUGCACCC